AGACGACCAACUUACGUGGCUCAUUGGACGUGGUACGCCCCUUCUUGAUUCUUGGUUCACCUGGUUUUGAAAUCAUAGUGGUCGUCUUAACCAUCUAUGCAACGAGUCGCCAAAACAGCGUUACAAUUAAAACAUAAGUUCAUCUCCAGGAGCCUGUUGCGCGACUUGUCAAGACGUCAAUUGCAUCUGUGGACUGUGUGUAAAGCACACGGUCAUCACGGUCAUUGGUCUCAUGUACUUCGAAAUCACUGGACUAAAGUAGUACGUUGUCAGAUGAACUGAGCAAGAACACACACACACACAAGAAAAAAAAGGAAACGAAAGGAAACAAAAAUAAACAAUCACAAUUCAAAUUCGUUAGCAAGUUCAAGUUCAAGUCCAACUAUGAAGGCAUUAGUUGUAUCUGUUUUCAUUGUGCUGGUUCCGAUAUGCGUGAUAGCAUUGGACCCGUCCUGCAACUCGCGGAGUUACGAAUACCAUGAUAUACACCGGCCUUAUCUAAAGGGAAAGAAAGUUGACAUCAAGAAGUUCCAAAAGUGUGGUACGCCUUCACCGCGCCAUCUAUCAUCGGUUUUGAGAGUCAAGAAGCCAGGAAAAGCGCCCGUCAAACCAUUUCCAUUUUCCUGCUCCUGUGCAUCAAAUUGCAUUAAUUAUGGUGACUGUUGCUGGAGUAAGGUCUUUCCAGAGACAGGAAGCUACACUACUAAGCUUCGGACGUCUUGCGUAAAGCUUUCCCUCGUGAACCGGUCGACCACUGCACACUUUGUUAUGGUAACCGGCUGUCGGAAAACUUGGCCCGAUGACGAUGUGAGAACUUUUUGCGAGAAAGCGCAACAUUACGCCGAUAUGUUCUACUCCAAUCCUGCAUCGAGUUCUAGGGGCAUUGUUUACUACAACGGUUUCUGCGCUAUGUGCAACCACGACAUAGACGAUGACACUGUAUUCUGGAAGGGCUACAGAAACGACGAAAAAAACUUGACCCAAUUUUCAGCCCCGCAAGAUAUUCACGAAAAUCUGGACUAUUCUGGACCGCGUGAAUGCGCCAACAUAGCCUCAUACAAGUACGUUGACACAUGCAGGAAUUUAGAGCAAAAGGACUGGGUACGACGGUGUGGCUUCUACCUUGCACUGGUCGAGAGCAAAGUCGGCAACACAUUGAUGAUUUAUAAAAACGUCUACUGCGCUCUGUGCAACGGCGGAGACCCUUCGAAUUUGGCUUGUUUGCGACGUUCGUUGGGAGAACCUCAAUCGGGAAGGCUUUAUUUUGAGUGGCAACCUAACUUAGUCACGAUACUGCACCCGGUCACCCGCACUGAGGACUGCGCGUUCUUUCAGUCGGGGAAGUGUUACAUCAAGUCACUAGGCACCUCCAAAAUGACCUCGGUUCCGAGAGAUAUUAACGUCACGGCUGCAGCUCCUGCUCGUGAGCCCGGACUACACUCUCCUCAGAAGUAUCUUACCAUUACAUGUAUCAGUAUUUCACUUCUGUGUUUCUUUCUAAAAGUCGGUGUCUACGUACGUUACGAUCGUUCACGCACAUUCUCAUCAAAAUGUGCUCUAUGCCUGUCAUGUACGCUGUUUCUGAGCAAUCUUCUUUUCCUGGUGUCGCAGUCAUUAGCUUUGGAUUACAUCGCUUGUAUGAUAUGUGGAAUACUCUUGCAUUAUGGCUUCUUAUCGACUUUCUUCUGGACUACUGUAAUAUCGGUCGACAUCUGGAAUAACAUUGUUCAUUUGCGUUGUGCGAGACACAAGAGGUCGCUCCUCAAGUUCUGUGUUAUGUCCUGGUUUCCCCCAGUGUGCAUUGUGACAAUUUCGAUUGUCGUUGACAUAACCGCACCGCUUUCGAAGUUCGCCCCGCAAUAUGGAGUACAUUGUUGGUUUUCUAGCUUAGAGGCACACGGACUCUUCUUUUUGGCCCCCAUGUUAACCCUUCUCUUCGUUAAUGCGUCUCUGUACGUUCAUAUAGUACUUACUGUUCGCGGUACUGUGAAAGCAGCGUCUGUCUUUGAAUUUCGGUAUGCAGCUGAUCUGUCUCACAUGAAGCUCUACGUAGGGCUUGCCUGCAUCAUGGGAAUCACAUGGAUUUUCGGCUUCUUCUUAACGAUCGCAAAGUCUCUUGUUACCGAUAUCAUCGUGAUAAUGCUCAUUGGACUACAGGGGGUUUAUUUGUUUGUUGGCUUUAAAGAUUAUCGUUUCCUAUUGCCCUCAUUUUCUAGCCGCAGUGUGCCUGGGACACCCACAACAACAGCCGAAAGGACUCUUAACACCUCCACAUAUUCAACAAAACACCACAUCAAGAAAAAUUCCAUUGUGAUUUCCUUGCAGACACUGCAGUAG